UUAAUCUGUAUUCGAUUGUAACAUGUGCGUUUAAACUCGUGAGUGGUGAUUGUGUAAAUAAGAAGGUAAAUUUACAAGCAUUUUUGUUAAAAAGUAUGAAUACUCCGUUAACAAAUGGAAAUAAUAUAACUUCACUAACAGAAAGUAUUAAUCAUAUAAUGAUUAAACAGAAAAUCAUUCAAACAGAUAAAGUUAUUAAACAAUAUAGUUUCAAGUGCAAAGAAAAUGAAGUUCAGAAGAGAAAAUUGGAUAGUAUGGAUGAAUUAUUGGAACAGCUUCGUAAAGACUGUACAAAAUAUGAAAAUGAACUAAGUCAAGUCUUACAAGAAUUAGAACCUCUUAAAAGUAAGUGGACUGCUUUGAAAGAUGAAAACAGCAAACAAGUAGAAAGUAUAAAAUUACUGGAAGAGAAACUAUCGUCUACAGAUAAAUUAGUGAAAGAAUAUAAUUCUCAGUUAAGGAUUAGAAGAGAAGAACGUUCAGAGCAAGCGCGGAAAAAAACAGAGACAUUAGAAAAAGAAAAUGAAAGGAAACAAAAAGAAAUAGAAACAGCUAAAGAAAGAUUACAAAAAGAGAAAAUUUCUACUUGUAAACUAAGCAAGAAAUAUAAAAUAGCCUUAAAACAUUUACUAAGAUUCGGCAUGAUGCUUAAGAAACAAAAUUUGUUAAGCCAGUUCGAUACAAAAGUCCUUCACAAUUCUUACGAAACAUAUAUGAAUAGUGAUUUUGAUAUGUUAGAUUUUAAGUCAUCUGAUGAGACAGAGGGAAAAGAUGCUGCAAUAAGUAAUAAUGAUGAAGUUAAAGAUGAUUUCUCUAAUUGUUUGUUAGAAAGUGAUGAUGAAAUGAUAGAUGUUCCUGAAGAUGAACAUUUAGGUAAAAAGGUAGAAAAAUGUAUUUCACCAGUGAGUUUCUAAUUUUUCUAGUAUAUUCUUCAUUAUACAUUUGUAAUAAUCAUAUAAAACUUGAAGACAUUCUAUUAUGUAAUGUAUUUAUCUUCUUGAAAUUCUUUAUUCACAUUUCUAGAAGUUUACUGCUUCUACUGAAGAAACUUCCACAAACUUAUCUUCAAUAUCAUUAAAAUUUAUUAAAUUUUCUUUUGACACUUCCAUAUCAGCUUCUUACUUUAAGUUACAUCAAACAUAACUGUUUUAUAAUUAUAUGACUAUCUUCAUCUUCAUCAGUAAGCAUUAGAAUAAUUUCUCUAGCAUAGGAGUGGGCAAUUAUUUUUUCGAAAGGCCAAAUGAGAAGAAACCUGAGUGGCCAAAUCAACAAUAAUCUGAACUUAACUAUAUUCAGUUAUAAUUUUCUCCAAUUGUAAAGAGCAUUAAAUAAUAUAUUUUUGAUUAUGCUACUGGUAAUCAAAAGACUAAGGAUAUUCUAUUACAAUAAUAGUGAUGUGGCUGAAGUUUUCAUCUUUAAAACGUGAACGUUGAGCACCACUAGCUUGUAAGCGGUGCUUGACAUUUUACAUUUAUGUUUUAGAGAUGAAAAUUUCGGCUGCAACCUCUCUAUUGAUAUAAAAUUGUGGAAUGAAUCAAAAAUACAAUAAACAAUAAUUAUAUCAGUAUUUUAUUUUUUCAACACAACUCAGAAAUACUGAAUAGUUGUUUUGUAAAUGUAAGCCAUUAAUUAAUUUAAUAAAAAUCGAAUAAAUCCUUUAGAUCAGUGGUCCCCAACCCCCGGGCCGCGGACCGGUACCGGUCCGUGGAUCAAAUGGUACCGGGCCGCCCAAGGAACAUUAAAUU